AUGUCAGCUGCUGCUGGUACAUUGAAAACCUCAUCACCAAAACCUAAGCCUCAAAAUGUAACUUCAUUUAGUAUGCUAGAUUUUGAUGAAGCCAAGAAUUCAUACAUCGAAGAAGAGGACAGAACAUAUAUUUACAACACCACAAAUGAGGAUGUUUCGUCAGAAGAAGACGAUGACAACGAUGAUGAAGAAGAGGAUGGAAUUCAAGUUUUAUCAAGAAAAAGUUCCGACACCGAUCUAGACGUGACUGACUCAGGUGUAAUGGAAAAGAUAAAUGUAAACAAUCAAAGUAAGGUUGAUAAAAUUUCUUCGUCUCCGGUCCAAGGCAAGUUUAAGCAGUUUUUGGUAAAGCAUGAGAUUCCUAGGAAAGUGUUUCACUCAUCUAUCGGUGUUUUGACUUUAUGGUUGUAUACAAAGGGGACCACGGUCCCACAGUUGUUUGUUCCAUUAUUUACAUGCUUUUCAGGUGUACUAAUCAAUGACUUGGUAAGGCUUCACAAUCCCGAAAUCAACAAGUUUAUUACUUCACAAAUGUGGUUCAUCAUUCGCGAAAGUGAAAGGAAUUCGUACAAUGGGACGUUAUUCUACUUGGCAGGUGUAUUGAUUGUGUUGUAUUUAUACCCAAAAGACAUUAGUGUUUUGAGUAUCUUAUUAUUGAGUUGGGCCGAUACCGCAGCUUCCACAGUUGGUCGCAAGUACGGAAAGUACACACCUAAAAUCGGAAAUAGAAAGUCUGUAGCUGGAUCUUUGGGUAGCUUUGCAGUCGGCAUGUUUGCAGCAUACUUACUUUAUGGAUAUUUCAUUCCAUGUUAUGAUGUUAACAAUCCAGGUGAUAUCUAUUGGACACCAAAGCUGAGUAAGUUGAAUUUUCACGUUUAUUCAAUCCUUGUUGGUUUGAUUGCUAGUGUUUCAGAACUCAUCGACCUUUGGGGAUUAGAUGACAAUUUUACAAUUCCUGUAUUGAGUGGUACUUUAAUUUACUGGUUGGUGCGUUUGUUUCAUAUUUAG